AGUUUAAAUUUGACUAAUGUAGUUUUGUAUCCAAACGUACUGCGUUUGUCUACUUCCUUUUCACGACGUGCUUUCCAAAAUGCAGAAGAAACAAAAAGAACCAAUUCAAUCUGUGCAAGUCUUCGGACGCAAAAAAAGUGCAACUGCAGUUGCUUAUUGCAAACGAGGCCGUGGAAAUCUUCGAGUUAAUGGACGUCCACUGGAAUUAGUUGAACCUCGUGUAUUGCAAUACAAAUUACAAGAACCUAUUUUGUUACUCGGCAAAGAAAAAUUUUCUGGAGUGGAUAUCAGAGUAAGAGUAAAUGGUGGUGGUCAUGUAGCACAAAUUUAUGCCAUUCGACAAGCUAUUUCUAAAGCUCUCGUAGCAUAUUAUCAAAAAUAUGUUGAUGAAGCAAGUAAAAAGGAAGUAAAAGAUAUUCUUAUUCAAUAUGAUCGCACUCUUUUGGUUGCUGAUCCAAGACGAUGUGAACCAAAGAAAUUUGGUGGUCCAGGUGCAAGAGCAAGAUACCAGAAAUCUUAUCGUUAAUAUUUACAAAUUUCAUCUUACAUUUUAUUUGUAUUAUUGAAUAAAAUAUAUAAAAAAAA